UUCUCUUGCACCGGAGAUCCGAUCUACUUGUCAAAUACUUCGAAUCGUGCACAAGCAGCCACGCCGCAAGGAUGUUCGGCGGAUCGUGUACAAACACAAGUCGCGGAAACCGCACGACCUCGACGGAUCCAGGUGGCAGGACAACGUGCCACUACUCAGGAGGAGGAGGAGGAUCGCGUUCCGGAGGCUACGCAGGAUCGAAAGGAGGAUCGGGAUCCUCUUCCAGGAGUAGCAGUGGGAAGGGUCCAUCAAGCCCCAGUGCCGCGGACCGAGCUCGCGACCAGGAGUCCAGGAAUGUGAUCGCCGAAGCGGGCACCCUGGCGAUUCCUGGAGCGGCACUUGUUCCUGGGAGAAUGCCGAUGAACCUGUCGGUCGCAGGAGUAGGCACCGUCCCCAUGUCCGAAGGAAUAGCCGCAUCCAUGUUGGCAGGACUUCGCGCUUCCGUGGCGGCAUUGGGAGGAUUGGCUCGCAGCGUGGUGUCGGCGACACCCAUGGGGAUGGUGAUCGCCAGCAUAGCCUACACCCCCAAAGUGGGGGUGGGCAGCGACCAGGUGCCCGGUCGUACCCCGGAAAACUUCUUCGCCAUGGCGGUCCCCGCGCAAGCGGUCAAUCUCCCAGAUAAGGGUCAAUUGCAGCGCAUAGCCCAGGAAUCCGGCAAAGUUAACAUGGACGUGCGAGGGGUCCUAACCGCUGAACAGGACGUGAAGGUCCACGUGGUCAGAACCCCCACGGCGGAGCCGGUAAACGUCGUAAGGGCUGCCAAGGACGAGAGAACCGGGCUUUACGUGCACUCCUUGCCGGAAAGUGGAGUGCCAAAUGGGAGGCUGGUGACCACCCCACCCACAUCCGUGGUGCCGAAUUCCCCGCCGUUGGUGUCACCGAUUCCUGACGUCCCGGUAACGGUGCACACUGGUGGGGACGUAAACGCUCCGGUCGCCCCUCCAGCGACCGAGUUCCCUAUAUCAGGCGGGAGCUCGAUCAGAGAUACCGUAGUCGUAUACCCCGAAGACGCGGGACUGGAGCCUAUCUAUGUUAUGUUCAAUACCCCCCGAAAAGGUGUGAAACCCUCUGGACACGAUUAUCACCAGGCCCCCAAGACGGAGGAUAUCACUGGGUUCCCUGGUCUUAUCAAGCGACCGCCGAAAACUCCUAAACAGGGCGGGGCUGGAAAGAGAGCUCGCUGGGCCGACCCGAAGGGGAAAACAAUAUACGAGUGGGAUUCCAAAAAGGGCGAAUUGGAGGCGUACAGAGCUAGUAACGAUAUUACGUAAGCUGUAAGAGGCUCGAAAAAUGGGACUGAAAAUAUUGCUCGAGUGGUACGACAAGUCCACCGGCUCUUUAGUGGGUAAAGGAUACUCAAAGGACUUACGCGACGACGGAUCGGUAAUUGAAGAACUUGGCUUGAAGAUUGACGGUACCGUCAACAAUGGAGAAUAUGACGUGGAGCCCCGGUGGGUGGGUAUUCUUCAGAGGUACUUUACUCAUCGCAUCGAAUUGAGCCAAUUUGACUACUUCGUUGCCUUUGAGUAUCGGGACGAGUGGCCGGAGGAUAUGAGGACCUUGUCCUGGGAGCUGCAUGGCAAUCCUGCUGCGUUUAGGCGUAAUGAUUAUUGGCAUGUACCGGUUACUCCCGAUGUCAGUGGCGAAGUUAUUCGGAUACAUUAUACCUAUCACGGGAACAAAUUCCCGCGGAAGAGAAUUUGGUUUUUCAUUUUGGGAACUGAGUUCGAUUGCGACGUUUCGCGCAAUGGGAAUAAGGAAACGAUUGUUCCCAAGGAGAAAUUCAUUUCGGCUGGUCAGUCCAUUGACAUAAAACACGCUGCAUUGGCUAAAGGCGGUCAUGGUAAAUUAGAUUACGGUAAACCGCUGGAAUUAUUGCUAGAGUUUUAUGUUAGAAUGACUUAAUAAUCGUUAACACAUCCGAAUGAUUUGGGAAAUUGUUUGACCUCGUAUUGCCAAGCGUAACUCGUAAUGAUGAACACAAGAAUUUUUGUAAUUUGUGAUUAAUUAUAUUAGCCACAUAUCCUUUUUUCUAUACCCAAAGAACAUUUUGUAUUUUUCUUAUUUUUAUUAUCGAAUAAAGUAUUUUGCAUGUCAUACUCUUAUUAACCUUUAUUGUAUGUUUAACCCAAAUGAAUAGGUGUACGGUGAAAUUGUUGAAUAACCUGAUAAUUCCUUCUAUAAAAUUUUACAUCCUCGUAGUGGGUCUAUCAAAAUCUCUCCUAGUCCUUAACUUUCGGAACUCGGUAUGUGUUAUAUUAAAAAGAGCUUAUACCGAUUUUCAUAUUUCUUUUUUAUUUCUCAAUAAUAAAGUCACAUUCCCCUCUGCAUGUCUAACAUUAAUUUUCAGUUCUCCAACAUUGAUAGUAAUACAAUAAUGUAACAUCUGUCUCUAGAAAUAAGAUAUAUUAGUCUCUCGUUUAGACUACAUGAACACCGUCAUUAUAGUUACAACUAGACCUUUCCAAUAUUUAAAAAAUAAUCGCUUUCGUCGUGUCUAUGCGUAAUAACAGCUGGGGUUGUUUUAACAUUUCAGUCAAUACGAUGUUGAAAUUUCAAGACACGACACUCUUGCACUUCCUUUUCACAAAAAAAAAAAA